GGCGUGGCCCUUAAGCUGUAAUCGUUGGCGAUGGUCUCGAUGCCCCCGGCCUUCGCGACCGCGACAUAGCACGAUUCGUUGCCCAAGUCGAUUCCUAUCACAGACAUUGCGGCCAUUUUACUCGCGCUCGCUUACAAACACCGUACGAAACCGAAUCGAUGGCGAUUUUAAUUUAUUUCGCGUUUCUCGUCGAUUCGAAACCGCACCGGCACACUUUUUGAUUAUCGCUAUUUCAGAAUGACUUGAAGUAGGAGAGGAGGCGAGAUCGCUUUCGUGUAGCAACGAACGAACCUUCUCGUAAAACUUGCUGCCAACUGUUAAGUGUUAAAAAACCGAACUGAUUAGAUGUUUCUGGAAUAUUCUGGUUGGCAGUCCGUGAGUUGUUCAUGGAAUGGCAUGGCAAAAACAUCAACUUCGUUGAAAAGUAGCGAUAACACGAGUGUGCUCUUGGAUGUGAUUCGAAAAGAUUCGAACGAAGAAGUCGAGACAGUAAAAGGAAAACUCGAAAAAAGAAUGCCGAAUAUCAAAGUAUUCAGCGGGACCUCUCAUCCCGAUCUCGCCCAAAGGAUCGUGGAUCGUUUGGGUAUUGAUCUAGGCAAAGUGGUCACGAAAAAAUUCAGUAAUUUAGAAACAUGCGUGGAAAUCGGGGAAUCGGUUAGAGGAGAGGACGUGUACAUUGUCCAAUCGGGCUGCGGAGAAGUCAAUGACAACCUAAUGGAGUUGUUGAUAAUGAUAAAUGCUUGCAAAAUUGCUUCGGCAAGCCGAGUAACCGCCGUUUUGCCUAGUUUCCCUUAUGCCCGGCAGGACAAGAAAGACAAGAAUAACCCAACCGAAAAAGAACUCCAUGUGGAAAAAUGGAAGUCGAUUGAAUGGAAAUUUAGGAGCCGAGCGCCGAUUUCCGCGAAACUCGUAGCCAACAUGCUUUCGGUAGCCGGGGCGGAUCACAUCAUCACCAUGGACCUGCACGCCUCGCAAAUCCAGGGCUUCUUCGACAUUCCCGUAGACAAUUUGUACGCCGAACCGGCCGUGUUGAAAUGGAUCAAAGAGAACAUAGCCGAAUGGCGGAACAGCAUCAUAGUCUCGCCGGACGCCGGCGGCGCCAAACGGGUCACCUCCAUAGCCGAUCGAUUGAACGUGGAAUUCGCGCUCAUCCACAAAGAGAGGAAGAAAGCUAACGAGGUAGCUUCGAUGGUGCUGGUGGGUGACGUGAAAGACAGGGUGGCCAUUUUGGUGGACGAUAUGGCGGAUACUUGCGGGACGAUUUGUCACGCGGCCGAGAAACUGAUGGAGGCGGGCGCUACCAAAGUUUACGCCAUAUUGACUCACGGGAUUUUCUCCGGUCCGGCCAUAUUGAGAAUUAACAACGCCUGUUUCGAGGCUGUGGUGGUGACGAAUACUAUACCGCAGGACGGGCACAUGAAGGAUUGCUCCAAAGUACAGUGUAUUGACGUUUCCAUGAUGUUUGCCGAAGCAGUGAGGCGUACGCAUAACGGUGAAUCCGUUUCGUAUCUAUUUUCUAAUGUACCAUAUUGAAGAGAGUUAUGUAUGUUUUGGAUUUAAUUCGUAUGUAAUAUUAGAAGUUAUCAAUUAGGUUUCCAAAUUUUGUUAAAUUGAUCUAUAUUGUUGACGUUUUUUUUUUGUAGUUACUUUAUUAUUUUAGUUUCUCGAUGGAAUAUUUCUUUUUUUCUCUCGUCCAAUUUAUUCGAUUGGUCUCAGAAAUUACAAAUCGUUUUUUUUUAUAUAUAGUCUGGAAUUUUUAUAAUACACACACACAAUAAAUAUAACGUUGAAAUAAAGCAGUAUUUUUUAGAUAAUCGUGUAUUAGAUUUUUAUGCAAAUGCGAUGAAAAUAGUACAUAAACACCGUUAUUUUUUUUUUUUUAUUAUUAAAGCGCACACGAACACAACCAUUAUCUCCGUGCAAUAUCAUUAUUUUUUUGUAUAUAAAUUUACGCUUAUCCUACGAAACCUUACUUUCCUAAAUAAGCAAACAACGCGACGAGAACAUUCUAAAGUUCUCCUUCCAUUACACGAGCAUUACCUUUCAAUUAUCCGGCGUUCCUUUAUUCGAAUUCGCCUCCGGAUUAUCGCCGAUCGAGGAUUCCGAGGCGUUCUUCAUAGCACCAUCGACCAAAGUGAUCGCAAACUGGUCCAAAUCUUGGUCCAACUGGUCCUUUUUCCGCUGGUGCACGGGCAGCGGUAGAGAGGACGGUCGAGGUUGAUUCGCCAGUUUGAGAAAAGGAAACGUCUUG